GGCGUCGAUCUGGGCGUGCGCAGUAGCAACCGUCACAAUCGAUGCACCCGUCACGAUCGGGCUCGAAAGGACGUGACGCAUUCCGCGCACGCGCAUUCGGUCGCGGGCGGUGAACAACUUUCAACUUGUCUCCUAGCUUCAUUUAGCUUUGUUCAGACACUCGCAAAGAAGGCGCGUUUGCAUUAUUUUGUGCAAAAUGUGUGCAAGACUGUUUGUGAAAGAAGAGUACGAGGAGGAUCUUUGCGGAGGCAAGGACGAGCGAAGAAUUGUAUUACGCAUAAUAGCUGUCAGUGACACGCACGGUCCUGAGUGGCAGGAGUCCUCCCUCCUCAAAAUGGAGGAGUUCCCUCAAAUGAAAGAGGAAUCACAGAAGCGGCACCCUUGCGUCAAGAAGGAGGAGGAAGAGGAUGACAUCACCAAGUUCACCGUUGUCCCUUUGAAGAGUGAAGAUCCAAGUGAUGCAGGCAGAAGGGCGGAGCCUCUCCACAGCGGCAUGGCCACCUCAACUGUAGGUGGCGAGCAUCACCGUCGCGGAGGAUCGUCAGAUCGUGACGACGCCACGUCACACUCUUCCGACUAUGCCGACGAUGAUGACGAAGAGUCAGAAGGUCCUGAGACGGACGACAAACGCCGGAAACGUCCUCAGUGUGGCAAAACCUAUUGCAGAAAUGACAUGUUGAACAGUGACAAAGAGACAUUUGUCUGCACAGUUUGCGGGAAAAUACUUUCUUGUAAGUAUUCCUUAAUACUUCACGCAAGGAAACACACUGGGGAUAAACCUUUUUCCUGCUCAGUUUGCGGUCACAGGUUUAUUCAGAAGUGGAAUUUGAUAAACCACCAAAGGAUACACACUGGGGAGAAGCCUUUCUCCUGCUCGGUCUGUGGUAAAAAAUUUGCCGAGAAGGGAAACCUAAACGUUCACGCGAGAACGCACACUGGCGAAAGACCCUUUUCCUGCUCCGAUUGCGGUCGAAGAUUCUAUACCGCGUCACAUUUAAAAAGGCACCGUAGGUUACAUAGCGGCGAGGAGAGAAUACCGCAGUCACAGGAUAAACGUUUCCCCUGCCCGGUUUGUGGCCAAAGAUUUGAUCGGAAGGACCACUUGAAAAGCCACGCGAGAAUACACACUGGCAAGAGACCCUAUUCCUGCUCUCAUUGUGGGAAGAGUUUCACUACCAAAAGUAAUUUAAAAGAACACAGUCGAUGGCACUUUGGCGAGAAACCUUUUUCCUGCUCUGUUUGUGGCAAAAGGUUUCAUGAGAAAAGAUAUUUAGAAAGUCACUUAAGGUCACACUCUGGGGAGAAACCAUUCCACUGCUCAGUCUGUGGCCGGAGCUACUCUCUGCAAAACAGCUUAAAAUCUCACAUGAGAACGCACACCGGAGAGAAGCCUUUCUCCUGCUCAACGUGUGGUCAGAGAUUCCAUCAUAAGCAAACGUUAUGUAGUCACAUUCGAACACACACUGGGGAGAAACCUUUCUCCUGUUCAAUGUGUGGUCAGAGUUUCUUUGAAAAAAAAAUGUUACGUCGUCACAUUAGAACACAUACUGGGUAGAC